UACUGCUUUCUUUUCGGGCGUUUACGAGCAUCUUAUAUUACCGCACACAUCAAUCACAGUUUUCAACUACGUAUAAAAUGUUUCUCGUGUUUAGAAGAUUGCAUAUUUUAUUGGUGGCACUAACAUGUGUGACUGCAAAAGUAACAAUAGAAGACAAAGCCUUCAAAAAUGUUUUGGUGUCAUUUUCCCAAACUGUUCUACCUGAUGAUGGAAAAUCAUUGGUGCUUGAAAUGCAGAAUAUUAUGAUUGAAGCAUCUCAGGUAUUGCAAAACGCAGUUGGACUGAAAGUGGGUUCAGUGAGCUUCAUCAUUCCCAGUUCUUGGGAUACUUCAACAUGGGAAAACAUGACGGUGGAAGAUGCCUCCACGAAACAUGUCGUCUCCCCUGCAGAUAUCAUAAUUGAUGGCAUCGCUGACAGCGCCUUCGGCCAGAAUCCUUUCACUGUACAGUACGCUGGAUGCGGAGUUCCAGGAGACAAAAUUCGAAUUCCGAAGGAUUUUUUGACACAAGAAAGCAAAUUUCAUAAAGGGAAUUUGCUUGCCAGGGAGUGGUUGAAGUAUCGCUAUGGAGUAUUUGACGAAAACGGUUUUCUUGGAGACGCAAUGUAUCCUCUGUAUGAGACUUUGUAUGGACGACAGGGAGAAUAUCAUGUCACUUCAUGCACCGACACUGAAGUGGAAUACUUUUUCAGAAAAGAAGAUGGAUCGAACUGCACCCUCAAUGAAGAGACUGGUCUCCCUCAAGAUAACGAAUGCAGAGUUUAUCCUACCGAAGAAAGUGCCCAGAAUGUCACGUCUUCUUUGAUGUUCCUCCAUGAAAACCUUCAAGAUAUUGAACACAUAUGUGGGGAUGGAGGUCAUAAGCAUGACGAUACUUCUUCUAACAAGCAAAAUAUUUUGUGCCGAGGAAAGAGCAUAUGGGACAUUUUGAGAUCUUCAUCGGACUUUGCUAUUCAAAACAAUGAAGAGGAACCUUCAAUUGAAGAGGAACAUGAAAUUAAGUUUAAUUAUGUACGAGAGAGAAGUCCAAGAGUCGUUGUCACUUGGGACAGCUCAAGUCGAAAUAAAGACAAAAAAGAGAUCAUUUUCAAUGCAAUUAGACGAUUCGUGUAUGAUCUUCCAGAUGGCAGUGAAUAUGCCUUAAUCUCGUACCAGGAUAAAGUAACUGUAAGAAAGCCUCUUACAAAAUUGAAUGCUUGGCCAGAAGGCAGAGAUGUUGCUGUAGUAUCCGAUUUCACUAAUCCACUUGAAGCUUGUUCGUCUUGUGCCAUUGAAAAAGGGCUAGAGGUUCUUUCUGCUCCUGAUGAUGAGUCCCCGGAGAUGGGUGGAUCUAUUGUCAUCAUUGCCUCUACCGAUCCAGAAGAAAAUGAGAAUAUUAUCAACAAAUUACGAGCGUCUCAAGUAUGUCUGCACGUUAUAGCUUUUGUUGAUAGCGGAGCUUCAGUUGUUGGCUUCCAGAGGUACUUAGAAGCAUCAGCUUGUGGGAAAAUUUGGGAAGUCCCAAACAGCGAAGAAAAAGCUGAUGUUUUUGCAAGAAUAUAUGAAGGGAUGGAAAACUUGCUUCCGAGCAAGGUUAAAGACACCGUAACGUCUACGGUACAAACCGGAUACUUAAGUUAUGACCCAGAAAUGACAAUUCCCGUUGAUAGCAAUACCGAAGCAGUUGUAAUCUGGCUGGCUGAUUUCAGUGACUCACAGAACAUAAUCUGCAAACAAGGCAAUACCGUGUUAACUUUGAACACGCUAGUCGGGUCUUCGAACCUCGCAGCAGUUCAAUUCAAGCCGAUUUCAAAAUCCUCAGAAGCAAAAUGUCGUUUCAGACAUGAAGGAAGUGAUCCUAUAUUGACGCAAGUACGAUCAAUCACUAAACCUGGUGCAUAUUACGAAAUAAAUACGUGGACGGUAGAUACCACUGAAAGUGUUGCCGCAAACGAAUCAAAACAGCAGAUGCCUGUGAUCAUUUACGUGAGUCUCCAAUAUGGAUCAUACCCAGUGAAAGAUGCUGAAGUCAAAGCCGUCGUGCGGGCCCCAGAUGGAACUGAAGUUGCGUCAUUACUGCUGACAGAUGAUGGACGAGGAGACCCAGACGUGACGGCUAACGAUGGAGUUUACAGUCGAUACUUCACUAAAUUUACGGAAGAGGGCGAAUACACUGUGUCAAUAACUGCCAAAGAUAACGGACAAGCUGCAUGGGGCUGGGAUGGAAAAGAAAGGUGCUGUGGCAGUAAGGUGAACAGUAAAAGUUCAGCACUUGGUACAUUUGAAAAAGUUUCUCAACUAACUUUCAAUGCUGUAAGCGGUAGACCCGAACAAGGAUACAAGCCAUCACGAAUUUCUGAUUUGAGAAUAGAAAAAUUCGACUCUGAAAGCAUUGAACUGAAAUGGACAGCUCCUGGUGGAGAAGCCGACAGCGGAGCAGCUACAAACUACUUAGUCGAGUUAUUCACAGUGCAUGAUGAAGCAAUCGCGUACUCUGAUGAAAAUACUGAAAAAAGAAUUUAUAACUUAACUGUUGUUCCCAAAGAAUAUGGAAACAUAGAAACGGCAGAGAUUGAAAUAGACGAUGACUUCAAAGAAAACACCAAAUAUUUUAUUGCUCUGAGAACUGAAAAUAUUCACGGGCAAAUGAGUGAUGCUUCAAACAUCAAAGAAAUUUAUGUCUCAGAGAAAAGGCCAACAGAAGAACCAGAAGCAACAACCACUGUUGAUGAUGAUGAUAUAAAGUCAAGACGAGCAGCUGAACGGAAAAGAAUGGUUGGAAUUAUAAUUGGGGUAAUCGUUGCAGUAAUUGUCAUAGGGAUUAUUGCUUAUGCUGCAGUGCAUUACUUUGUAAUAAAGCCUAAAGAGCGAGCGGAAAAAGAAUCCAGAAAUUCGAAUAACUUGAAGAUGGAAGCAAACCCAACAGAAAAGAAUAUACAUCCCUUGACUUCAAUUCCUGCUGAUGUUAUAAUGAAACAUCACAUUGAGGUAGUGAAUGCAAAGAAUCAGCACAAGAGUCCACCCGUUUUUAAAGAAGAGGAUAUUGAGGCACAAAGGUCUGCUGUGAAUAACAAUGACGGUGCUGAAGUUGAGGCAAAGGACGAUGAAUCUUCACAACCUGCCCCUCCAAAAUCUCCAAAGAGAAUGACUUUUGUUUAACUACCAUGAGAAAAUAUUUUCUUUUAUAGAAGAACAUAACUGUGAAAUUUUGCAUUUCAUUUUUUUUGACAGCCAAAUUCGAAGUUCACAACAUUUGUAUAUAAUUAGAACAUUGUCAAUAUGUACAAAGAGCAUAGGAAUGACACCCCAUGUUUUUCCAUAAUUCUAAUUAAUCAUAAAUUUAUUCAAAUUCACAAUCAGCAGAGAAAUAAUGUAAAAGUUUCAAAUUUUAUAUUUCAUUUUCACUUGAUGUCUUAAGCAAUAAUACAGGAAUAUGUAACCCACAAGUUAACUAAAAAUGGCAAGCAAAUUGCCAAAUAUAUCUGCCACUAUGCAUUCAAAAACAAGCCCUGUAAAAAAAUUAGGAUAUUUUUAUAGUAAUGGACACAUGAAGUAAAAAAACUUCUGUAUGCAUUUGUGUGUAUUAAAUGUUUUAGUCAUACUAUCUAUGUAAACAUACAUGUUGAAAAUAUAUUUCAAUUUGUGCCCAAUUUGUCUUUAGAAUCUUUUUUUCUCACCCUUGUUUUCAUCAAUGAACAUUAAAUAA